AUGCGAACAGAUCAUGAAGAACUCUGUGGCACCAGUUAUGGAUCUUUUUGUCUAAAUGGAGGGAUUUGUUAUAUGAUUCCUACUGUAUCCAGUCCAUUCUGCAGGUGUAUUGAGAAUUACACAGGAGCCCGCUGUGAGGAAGUUUUGCUGCCCAGCAUCAAGUCCCAAACAAAAGGUGACCUGUUUGCAGCUUUCUUGGCUUCAUUACUUCUUCUAGGAGUUCUCAUAAUUGGAGCAUUCUACUUCCUUUGCAGGAAGGCUUCCAUUCCAAGAACAAGUUCUUCAGAGUGUGGUGCCAACCUCGUUGAAACUACAAACAGCAAUGGCUGCAACAGUGAGUACAUUUAG